AUGUCAGAUAACAAAGUUUUUCCUUCCUCGGGAUAGAUAACUGAGAUGAUACCAGUAGAAUAGAACACAAAUUACGAGGAAAUAUUCGGCAAAUAAUCUUUUGAUUAGCAAGAAUCAGAAAACUAGAAGGAAAGUUCAUUCAAACACUAAUUAGAGAAAUGCAUAUAUGCAAUGAGCACAGGCAAAUGGUUCGGUACUAUCCGAAGAAAAUCAAACAUUUUUAUGGGUAUAAUGAGCUUUUGUUCAUCUAUUGCUUUUGUUAUAUUGACUUAUUGGGAUACUAGUCAAUUUGAUCCUUGCUCUCAAAACAGGAUUUAAUUUGUUCUGACACAAGGUUCACUCUCUGAUCUAUUGAUUAUCAUUCCGCCUUUGAUUUUUUAAUACUAAACUCCAAAGCUUGGACUAUUAUUUUUAUCUGUUUCAAGAUUAUUAAGAGUUACUAAGGCUGUUAAUUUACUUUAGAAUUCAGUCUCAUUGGGAGAUACUGAUGUGAGAUUUGGUGAUAUAUUCCCUAAAACAGACUGGGGCAAAAUAUUCACUAUGUCACUUAUUAUAUUCACUAUCGUUAUUAUUAUUCCCUAAUAAACUAAUGAGCUUUUAAGGUUAAUGGGACUAAAAUCCUUUUAUGCAAGGAAGAUAUAUAAAUCUAACCCUGAGAUUCCUCAUAUUGUGAUAACUGGAUACGUGGUUGUUUAGGCUAUAAGAAAUUUUUGUGAAGAACUUUUUCAUUAAGAUCAUGGAUCUUAAGAUAGACAUGCUGUAAUAAUUCAAUAAUUUGACCCAGCUCUUGAAAUGGAGAUGUUUCUUCAUGACCCUAACUUUGAAAUAUCUAUUGAUUAUUUGAAUGGAAAUCCAAUAAUGAGUAAAGAUCUAAAACGAGCUGAUACAGAAAAGGCCAAGACAUGUAUUCUUUUAACUAACAAGAAUACAAAUGAUCCUCAGGGUAUUGAUCAUAAGAAUAUUCUGAUUGGAUUGGCUAUGAAAAAGUACGUUUAUGCAACAACUGGUAAUCCUCACAUGAGGUUAUGCAUGCAGCUAAUCAAGCCAGAGAGCAAACAGCACUAUAAAUCGUCACUAAGUAUGCCCUCUAGUAUGGACUAAAUUAUUAUUGUUGAGGAAAUAAAGAUGAAUCUUAUGGCUAAGAGUUGCUUCGCUCCAGGUCUCAUCAGCUUAAUAUCAAAUUUGAUAGCUAGUUCAUCUGAUUAAAGUGAAUGGGAUGAAGAAUGGCUUAAGGAAUAUACUGAAGGAAUGGGUCAUGAAAUUUAUCGAAUUAGUCUAAGUGAAAAAAUGGAAAAGAAAUAUUUUAGUGAUAUCGCUAGAAUAGUAUACAAGAAGACCAAAGCCAUUGUAUUUGCAAUUGAGGUUACUUGCAAUGGAAAAACCAUUAUUAGGCUAAAUCCAAGUGAUUUUAUUGUAAACAACAUAAAAGAGAACGAAAUUUAUGUUUACAUGAUAUGUCCAGAUAAAAGGACUGCAGAAAGUAUUGAAACCAUAGCUAUGAACAAAGAGGAAAGAAAUAGAUAUUUCAACAUAAAAGUGUAAAAGAAUAAGGAAGAAUUGAUGAGCAAAGAUGAAAUAGCUCAAGACUAUGAUGGACUAGAAUAGACAGAUAUGACUCAAAAUAUAGAUGAUGAAGAAUCUUAAUAUAAUGAAAGAAUGCUUUACUAUAGUAAUCUUGAUAACUUCCAAGAGCAAUAGGCUUAUUACUAUAAUGGUAGCUAAAACAACAAAGAUGAUAGCUUUGAGAUGAUGUCUGAUGACAUGAAGAAAAAAGAACUGUUCUACCUUGAAGAUUCAAAAUAGGAGCAUGAUAAACUAACAAAGAUAAAUCUAGAAGAUGAUCCUAAUAUAAGAAAUCACAUUAUUGUUUGUGGCAUUCAUUCCUCAAUAGAAGAUUUCAUCAUGCCUCUUAGGUCUAGAUACCUUAAAGAAUAUCAAUUGCAAAAGAUAGUCAUUAUUACUGGCGAACAUAAUGAAUAAGAUUAGGAUAACGGUUAACAGCUGCUUCUCAACUAGAUUACCAAGUACAAAGAUAUCUAUAGAGUAAUUGGAUCUCCACUAAAGUAGGAAACAUUCAUUAAAGCUAACAUUAACUAUGCAGAUAAAGUAGUUAUCUUAGGCCAUGACUCAACUUUCAAGUCUGAUGUAAACGAUGAAAUGCUUGAUGCUGAAUCUAUCUAUAUCUAUAAAGCUAUAAAGAAAUGCAACAAGGAUGUUUAGAUUUUGACUGAAUUGGUUUAUAGUUCAAACAUUGAAUUCUUAUUACCGAAUGUUACAUAAAAUCCAGACUAUAAAUGUUCAACACUAUACGCUUCUGGCGAAGUUUACAUUUCAACUAUUAUUGAUACUUUGACUUGCUAAGCUUACUUCAAUCCACAUAUAGUAACAAUCCUUUAGUAGUUACUGAAGGGUGGCAAUGACGAUGAUGAUGAUGAUAUCAACAAUAAUGUUGGAUCCUAGAUUAAUCAAGCUUUAAAAGCUCAUCCUGAUUUGACUUAGAGCAAUCUUUGGCAGAUACCAGUUCCUGAAAAUUGUGUUGUAAGCUUCAAAUUUAUAAAGCAUAAACCAUACUUACUUUUAUUUUAGGGUAAAACUUUUGAAUAUCUAUUUUUGACCUUAUUGGAUAAGAAAUUGAUUACUCUUGGACUCUAUAGAUUAAAAGGAGCCACUGACAAUAGCUAUCCCUAUGUUUACACAAAUCCCAAAUUCGAGACAUUAAUUACUCACAGAGAUAGAGCUUUUGUUCUAGGAAUUGAUAUUCCUCAUGACUACUAAAGUGAUUACACUGAAAAUAUGGAGAAAGAUUUAUUCUUGAAUCAAGCGAACUCUGAUAGGAGAAUGAGCGAAAAUGAUAAAAUAUUCCAGCAAUAAAAUGAACUAAAUAACUCAAAGAUCAAGAAGAAUGGAUAACAAGUUGACGUUUCAAAGAAAGGACCCACACCUACUUCUCUAUUUUCUCCAAAUUACAAACAUGAGAGUAGCUAAUUCACCACGACUUUCGGUCAAGCUGUUUAAAAGCAACAAUCUUUACAUCCUUAAUAACAAAUUCACCCUACUACUGAUGAAUAAGAUGAAGCUAUAUUUGGACUUAAGGCAUACAAAAAUUGUAAGUUUACUUUAUAAUCUUUAUAUAAUUUUAAUAGAGCCUUAAUCGAUACAGGCAAUAACAAGAAAAUUAGAAAGAAGUCUCAAAUAGAUAGAAAAAGAAGUAGACAAGUUAACUAUUUAAGUAGUAACUUAAGAUGA